AUGCUAGCCAUUUAUUGCAUCCCUCGAUUGACACAGACUGCGAAUCUACGACGACUGGCCGCUCUUACCAACUUUCUAACCACGCUCAAUCCCUCGUUUCCGACGCGCACCUCGACUCCGUUCCAGUCCGUCCUACUCCAACCGCGCUUCCCCGUCAUGGACGCGGCUACUCCCUCACCGACCCCCGGUCCCGCGUCCACAGCAGGCACGAAACGAAAGAGAGGCUCUGCCGGGAAAUAUUAUGCUGUCAAGAGCGGGUAUCAACCAGGUGUCUACUAUGAAUGGAAUGAAUGUUUGGCGCAGGUGACUGGAUAUAAAGGCGCCGUGUUCCAAGCCUUCCCGACCCUCGAAGAAGCGAAUGCGUUCCUCACCGGUGCGAAACUGCCAAACUCGCGCGGCACGUCUCCGCACGGAAUCGAGGCGACGCGAUUUUACGCGAUCCAGCGCGGACACAAGCCAGGCGUCUACACCAACUGGGCCAAUGCACAAGAACAGAUCAAGGGAUUCCAGCGACCGCGGUAUAAGAAGUUUGCGACGAGAGAGGAGGCGGAGGAUUUUGUAAAACUUGGCGGUGAGCUGACGAAAGUGGCGGGCGCUCCGGGAAUGACGAGUGAGGACCCGAAGGACGAUCAAGGGAAUACCAUUGAGCCAGGAGAGGGCCCGCUACCCGCUGGAGCGGAAGACGGUUUUGAUCCGAAUGUUCUUCUUGAUCCGAAGACGGGGAAGGUUGUCUAUAAGUCCAAUGGAGAGAAAGCUACGACGAAGACGCAGCCCAAGGCGCCGCCGGGUAUGCUGCGUAUUUACACUGAUGGCAGCUCGUUGAAGAACGGGAGGGCCUUUGCAGCGGCCGGUGUUGGCGUAUAUUUCGGGCCUAAUGACACGAGCAGAAACGUCUCAGAGCCUCUCCAAGGUGGCCGGCAGACGAAUCAACGGGCGGAGCUCACAGCCAUCCUACGCGGCCUCGACAUCGCACCCCGACAUAGAGAUGUGACAAUCGUGACCGACAGCCAGUACGCGAUAAACUGUGUUACCGUGUGGUUCCAGAAAUGGCGGCGCAAUAACUGGAGGACGGCAGAUAACAAGCCUGUGGAAAAUAAGGAUCUCGUGGAGUCUAUCCUCAGCAAGAUUGAGGAGCGAAAUGAACUCAAGGUCAAGACCCUGUUCGAGUGGGUGAAGGGGCAUAAUUCGGAUCCUGGAAACGAGGCGGCCGACCGUCUAGCGGUGAACGGUGCGCAGCGGGGAGUGUCUGCACAGCUCUAUGGCGAGCCAGCCGACGAUGUUGCAGAGGAGGAAUCAGAGCUCUAG